AUGGAGAGCUUAACUAAUGAUUAUUUUACAAUAGAGUCGAUAUGAUUAAGCAUUGAAGCAGAAAACCUGCCUGAAGAAUUAGGCAUUGAUGAAGAAACCAAAUCGUUGGCAAAAUUUUAUUAUGAUUCAGCGUUAAGUGUGAUAAAGUUUUUAUUAGAAAUUUAUCAGGAAAAUCGAGUGCUUGAAAAUCAAAACGAAGAAUCACAUAGUAGAUCCUAUGAGUUAUGCAAAGCAACUCAUAUAUGCCAGGACAGUAAAUAUAUAUAAUUUACUUAAUAGUAAUUUAUUUGAGAUGCUAGGGUGUAAUGGUAUAAUUUUAAAAUACCAUCAAUUUUAUCGAGAUGCUUCACCUAUGCUUACAUAAAUCCAAAAAAUAAAAAAUUAAAGUAUCUCAUUGAAGAAUUGGAUUAUGCUUGCAGAAAUUUUGAAGAAAGAAUUUUCGAAAUACUCCAUGAUUAUUAUCUAGCCAUCAAGUUAGAUAAUGAUGAUUAA